ACUUCAAACCUCGCAAGCCUCUCAGACUCGAAGCAAACCCCCAUCUCAAACCCACAGCGCACGGCCGGGCCGAGGGGAACUUUCGAGAAGCUUCUGUAAGAUUGGUUCGCUGCCUCGCGUCCGAUCCAUGGCGGCCGAGGGGGGCGGAGGAGGAGGCGGCGGCGGAGCCGGGGAGGGGUUCGAGGAGCGGGUGAAGCGCCUCUUCGGGUCGCGUCUCUUCGGCGACGUCCCGAGCUCCUCCUUCCCGGCAGCUUCCUGGUCCGUCGCCGCCGGAGAUGUUGAGCGCCAGCGCUGGGCGCGCCCGUCGGAGGCCCGCGACGAGGAGGAGGAGCGCGCCGCGGCCGAGCGCGCCGACACGCCGUGCUCGUCCGCGUUCUACGAUGCCAACGGGUGCCUCCGCGGCCGGAGGCGGCGGUCCAAGCAGGACUUUGAGGACGACCCCGAAGAUGAUGAGGAGGAUGAGGAGGAUGUGAGGGGCGAGGACGAUAGGAAGGAGGAGAAGGACGAGGAAGAGGAGGUUAGGGUUUCGAUCGGCCUCGACCCGACUCUGGAUCGGGAGGAAGAGGAGGACAAAUAUGAUAGAGCGGCAUUUGGUAAAGAAGAUGCUGCAGAACGUGUGUACAUGAGUGAAAUCAUGGAUGAGGGCAUUAAUAUGAGCAUCAAUACUGUAGUGCCUGACCUCCUUGAUGAUACCAUUGAUGAGAUCUGUGGUUUAUCCAAGGAUCCUCGGGCAGAUCUUGAUGCAGCAUCUGCAAGGCUCAGAGAAGACAAUAGUUCAGGUAAAAUUGGCCUUCAUUCUCCAACUCAAACCAAGGAGUGUCCAACUGCUGGAAUGCAAGCAAUGAGAGCUCAGGAUAUCGGUGUGAAACCUAUACUGAAGAGGAAGGAGGAGCAAGCCGAUUCAAAACCAAGGAAACGUGUGAGGUUUAAUGCCGAUGUUAAAGAACAACCAGUGGAGCUUCUUGAACAUGAUGAAGAUUCUCCCAUGGUUCCUCAGUCCAUGGAUGUGGUCACAACAAAGGGCAACUUGGGCAACUCCUCCACGCCGUCUGGGGUUCCUGACUAUGUUAGGAACCCUUCAAAGUACACAUGUUACACUAUGGAGACACCAGAGAGUACUGACGAAUCAAACAGGAGAGCUCUUGCAGACUUGCACAAUCUGUUAGGCAGAUCAGAUCCCAACAAGAUGCAGCCUGAGACACCUGCUGAGAUUCCUAGUUCAGUCACAUUCAUCCCUAGGAAGAAGUCAGUUGAUGCCAUGGUGGUGGAUGAGGGCCCCAGAUUUAGUAGUGCAAACCCAUCUCUCAUUAGUGCAGCAGCAGCAGUAGCCUCUGAUGGAACUGACCAAUGUGAGAUGGAUGAAGAUGACCCUAAAGCAUCACCACCACCACCACCACUGAUGCAGACCAACUCUAAGAUGAACUCCCGGCGUUACAGGUCAAGUAGAGCAGAUGAUGAGUAAAGCUGAUAUUCUGGAGCCCUUUGUCAAUGUAUGUUUAAGAAAAUUUACAAGUUUAAAACUUCUCGAUGAUGCUACAUGUGUUUAGUGGAUACUUUGUUGUACCUAUGCCUCGGUUUUGUGAUCCGAGUUGACCAGCUGUUGUUAAUUACGGUUUUAUUUAUAGUUGUUAAUUCAUGUUUGAA